GUUAGAAAUCGUUUACAAAACGUCGGUGCAUCUAUAAGUCGAGCGCGGAAUCUUUAUUAAAUAAUAAUUAUUAUUAUCUGAGUUCCUACAGGCUGAAAAAAUAUCUACUAUUUGUAUUUUGUUGUUAACACUUUGAAAAAAAAACACUAGAAAUGUCGGAUGAGGAAGAUCUGGUCUUCGUUAAACGACAGAAAACAAUCCACUAUGGAUCGCUUGAGGAUUCCGAACGGAUGCGUCAGAUAAAGGAUUCCGUUUCGGAUCUCUACGGACCUGCUGGUGGUUCGGGUGAAAGUGGUCAGGUAUACACCUCUAGCGAUUAUUUCGAUCUGGAAGCAGAAGUGUCCAAAGACAAAGCAGCACUUCUCGAGGAGUUUGAGAGGAAGAAAAAAGCGAGGCAAAUUCACGUGAGUACGGAUGAUGCAGAGGUCAAAAAGAAUCUGAGGGCGCUGAACGAACCGAUUUGCUACUUCGGUGAAGGACCAGCCGAGCGUCGAAUUCGACUUAAAGAGCUUCUAUCUGCACUAGGCGAAAGUGCGAUUCCUCAGAAAAUCACAAAAGAUGAUGACAAGAAGCAGAUGCAGAAGGAGCAAGAGUCAACAUGGUACCACGAAGGACCAGAGUCGCUGCGGAUCGCCCGAAUCUGGUUGGCAAAUUAUUCAUUGCCACGGGCAAAGCAAAGAUUGGAUCAUGCUACCGAAUUGCUGAAGCUUCCAAGUGCUACCAAAGCUGGACGGAUGGUGGAACUUCAGAAGCGGAUUCAGUCAUUGGCACCACAGUGCAGUCAGGUAGGUGAUGUUCGUCCAGUCACUAAUUGCUCCUUCAACUAUGACUCAAGCUUGCUUCUGACGUCAAGUCUCAGUUCUAUGUGCAAGGUUUGGUCUGUACCGGAUUGCAACCUUGUUCAGACAUUGCGAGGUCAUCAGUUCUACGUGAGUGCGAUUGCUUUCAGACCCGGCGUUCCAACUGAUACCAAAGGCGAGGUAGCCAUGGCUUCCGGUUGCUAUGAUGGAACGGUGAAACUAUGGUCGUUCGAUAGUGAGGAAGCAGUAGCAGAUAUCAACGGUCAUGUGCCGCAUCGUGUAUCGCGCUUAGCGUUUCAUCCAUCCGGUCGAUUUUUGGGAACUGCAUGUUAUGAUGCUUCCUGGCGCUUGUGGGAUUUAGAGCAAAAGCAGGAAGUUUUACAUCAAGAAGGACAUGCCAAAGCCGUUCACUGUAUUGCUUUUCAGAUCGAUGGAAGCGUAUGUGUAACAGGCGGAUUGGAUGCGUUUGGUCGAGUCUGGGAUUUACGUACCGGUCGAUGCAUUAUGUUUCUUGAAGGUCACCUGAGUGCCAUCUACGGUGUGGAUUUCUCUCCUAAUGGAUAUCAUAUUGUGACGGGAUCGCAGGAUAAUUCCUGUAAGAUUUGGGACUUGAGACGGCGACAUCCGGUGUACACGAUACCGGCGCAUAGAAAUUUGGUUUCCGAUGUGAAGUAUCAGAAAAAUGGAGGCCACUUUUUAGUGACGGCCAGCUAUGAUAAUACGGCCAAGAUUUGGUCCAACAAAACAUGGCAACCGCUAAAGACGCUUUCCGGGCACGAUAGUAGAAUCAUGAGUGUGGAUAUUUCACCGAACUCACAGCACAUCGCAACUACAUCCUACGAUCGUACCUUUAAAUUAUGGAGCCCGGAGUGAGGUUCGUUAUGUAUCAGUUCAAUAAAUGUAUGACAUCUGGCGAA